AUGCCCCCCAAAAAAGGCGACCAGCCCAAAGCGGCCAAAGCCGCUGUCGACAAGACAUUUGGCAUGAAGAACAAGAAGGGCGGCGCGGCGCAGAAACAAAUCAAGCAAAUUCAACAAGCCGCCGCUUCCGCCAAGACGCCCGAGCAGAAGAAAAAAGAAGCCGAAAAGGAGCAGCGCGAGAAGGAAAAGGCAGCCGCAGAGCAAGCGCGCAAAGAGACCGCCGACCUCUUCAAGCCCAUCCAGGUGCAAAAGGUGCCCUUUGGCGUAGACCCGAAGACGGUCGUGUGCCAGUUCUACAAGAAGGGGAACUGCGAAAAGGGGAAACGGUGCAAGUUCAGUCAUGACUUGUCGGUCGAGCGCAAGGGCGAGAAGAAGAGUUUGUAUACGGACACCCGGGAGGAGGAUGAGGAAGACGAGGAGAAGAAGAAGGACGACAUGGCGGAUUGGGACGAGGAGAAGCUGCGGAAUGUGGUGAUGAGCAAACAUGGGAAUCCGAAGACGACGACGGAUAAGGUGUGCAAGUACUUCAUCGAGGCGGUUGAAAAUGGGAAGUAUGGCUGGUUUUGGACGUGUCCGAAUGGGGGCGAUAAGUGCAUGUACAAGCAUUCGUUACCGCCUGGCUUCGUGCUCAAGACAAAGGAGCAGCGCGCCGCCGAGAAGGCACUCAUGGACAAAUCGCCUCUUGCGACCCUCACGCUCGAAGACUGGCUAGAAUCAGAGCGGCACAAACUCACUGGCACCCUCACACCGGUCACCGAAGAGACCUUCGCGAAGUGGAAGAAAGAGCGCAUAGACAAGAAGCAAGCCGAGGAAGAAGCCAAGCGCAUGAAGGAAGCUACCGGCCGCGCGCUCUUCGAGAAGGGCGACUGGCAAGACAGCGAAGGCGAGGACGACACCGACGACGAGGACGACGGGACGUGGAAUCUGGAAGCCCUGCGGAGGGAGACAGAAGCGGCGCGGAUAAAGAAGGAAGAGGAGCGGUUGGCAGCCGCCAUGGGCAUGGGCGUGAACGGCACCAAUGGCACGAACGGGGACGCGGACGGAGGCGGCUCAUAG